AUGGAGAGAUCGCUAACCCCCGAGUCGGAUCCCGACGCGCCAUUCAAUGUGAGUGAUUCGUUGGCACCCCCGCGGGAUAUCAAAACCGCGGGGACUACGACCACCACCUUUGACGGUUUUCUCCAAGAGCCUUUGUUGUUGAAGGAGGACCUGAAGAAUGGCUGUGGUGGACAGCUAUGGCCGGCGGGUAUGGUUCUGGCCAAAUAUUUUCUGUCACAACACUCAAAGGACAUGUCCGGCAAAUCAGUCGUGGAGCUAGGAGCUGGAGGUGGGCUUGUUGGACUGGCAGUUGCUCGGGGGUGUGAAGUUGGUGUGCCCAUCCACAUCACAGAUCAAUUGCCCAUGUUCGCGCUGAUGGAAGACAAUAUCGCCCUCAACAACCUUGGCUCGACUGUGGUGGCAUCAAUCUUGGAUUGGGGAGAACCAAUUCCUAGCCAUAUCCCUCCCAAGCCAGAUAUCAUUCUUGCAGCCGAUUGCGUCUAUUUCGAACCCGCAUUCCCCCUCCUCAUCGCCACCCUGCAUGAUCUCCUGGGCCCCAACUCAGUAUGCUACUUUUGCUACAAAAGACGUCGAAGAGCAGACUUGCGCUUCAUGAAGAUGGCCAAAAAGGCCUUCGAUGUGCAGGAGGUUCGUGAUGAUCCCAAUGCUGCCUCGUACAGCCGGGAAUCCCUCUACCUCUACACGAUCCGUCUCAAGCCCACCAAGCAACCCGCCACUCACAUCCAAAUACCCCCUCCUUCGCAAUCUACGAUACCUGGAACAGAAAUAGAGAAAGGACAAUGA